AUGGGACCCAUAGUUACAACGCGAGAGGCAACGCAGCAGCUCAUAUGGUCGUUAGUACAAGUGUCGAGCGGCGCUGGGGAACAGCUACCAGCGCUCCCAGAGGUCCCUUUGAUGACGUCUGACAUGCCAUUGCUUUCCGUCUCUCACAUGCCUGUUCCCAUAUUCUCCAUCGCCUUCGCUAGCUACUGGUGGGUUCGGCCUGAUGGAAGAUUAUUGACUUUGGAAGAGCUCGAAGGCAUAUUGCACAUCUUCUACCCCGACCAGAUCUUCCACGCGCUACACCGUCUUCGACUAUUCGACCGAUUGGAGAGCUCUGAUGCUGAAAACACGACACGGGUACUCAACUUUCUGGACGAGCAGAAGAAACAAGACUUAAAAAGACUGGCCGAAAUCUGUUUCCAACACUUUCUCAAGGUGACUCCCGGCGCCCAGAGUAGAGCGCAGAAUCUCAUUGGAUUUGAAGGGAGGCUGAAUGUCUUGUGGUGGACGCGGUCGCUGUACGCUUUUGGGUACAGGAAACGACCGACCAUCGACGGUGAAGAGUGUCGGGAUGACCAACUUUACCUCAUUCACUGGCUCUGUAAUGAGUGCACGGACGACGAAGGCGACCUACCGACCGAGUGGGAUGUUGUAACAAUGGUUGGCCACCAUUACAACAUCGACAUUCGCAUUGACCAGAGAUUCGAGCCCUACGUAACCCUGGCAGAUCCAGCCAACUGGACCUCCAGGAUGGUGAGUAAUGCAUUGAGGGAUGACAAACACGCAACACACUUUGGACGCAAGGCUGAUCUUCUACAUCGGGAGUGUACCAAAUUGGGACUUUUGAUGAACCCAGCUUUAAUACCAGAGGAGGUCGAAUGA